CUAAAAUUAUAAAAUUGAUCUUAAAAAUAUGCUUGACUUUAUCUGGGGAUUGAUCUACAACCCAUUCUGGCUCUUUGCAUACAUCUUCGGCAUCUUGUCUGUAGGACAAAUUGCAUUCGAAGUAGCAAAGAUGAUUAACAGAGAGUUCCUUAGAACUCCUUUAAACCUCCCUGAGAGAUAUGGAAAAGGAUCCUGGGCCCUCAUUACAGGAUCUACUAGCGAGAUGGGAUUCGAAUUCUGCAGACAACUAGCUAAACAAGGGUUUAAUAUCGUCUUCAUCAGCACAAGACUUGAGGUUCUUCAAGACUCUGCUCAUAAACUUGAAAUUGAGUACCCUCAAGUCAAAACAAAAAUUAUUGAACAUGAUUUUGCUAAAAAGAAUACUGUUGAUGACUACAAGCAACUCAAAAAGGAUCUCAACGGGAUAGAUAUUUCUAUAAUUGUUAACAAUGCUGAAAUCGUGACGUCAAAGUAUUUUAAAGAUAUUACUCCUCAAGAGUCCCUCGAUAUGGUCAAUGUCAACUGCACAAGCUGAACUAUGCUCGUUCAUCAGUUUAUUAAUGACUUACUAAAAAGAGAAAAGAGAAGUGCCAUUAUAAAUGUAGGUAGCCUUGCAGGAUAUGCUCCAACAGGAUUCCAAGGAUGUUAUAGCGGAACUCAAAGGAUGCUUAAAUUUUUCACAUAUGGGCUUCAUGACAACUACAACAAUAAGAUAGAUGUACUAGGGCUUAACCCAGGAACUCUUAAAACUAAAGAAAGUCAAGAAACUUCAUGCUAUUGUAUCACCACCCCAGAUGUUACUGUCAGAAACGGACUUAGAGAUCUUGGAUACGAGAUUGAGACUACUGGAUUUUACGCUCAUACUAUUAAAGGAGGAUUGAUAUCUAUCUUUUCUAGAUAUGCUACUCCCAUUUUUGAUGCUGUAUCUAAAAACUGCAUGGAGAAGAAGGCAUUAGAACAAUUCAGAAAAGACCAUCUUGCGAAGAAGCAGUCUUAA